UGAAUUCUGUGAAAGUAUUUCUCCACUUAUACCUAAAAAACUAUAUAUUCUUUUAAUUUUAUAAAUUUGUUCAUGAACUGUCCGCAGGCUUUUUGCUCCUGUUUCUUCAGUGAACUCCAGCAUUAAAUGUUAUUGACAUGAAUUAAUUGAAAGAUGGUGAAUCAUUGACUGCUGCUGUUUUGCUCACAGUACAGCCCAGUAAGUGUCAAAACCAUACAGAAAGAAAGCCGUAACAGCAGUUUAUGUCAAAACAUGCCAUAAAACCACUAUUUAAAAAGUAUGUACCAGACUAAACAAACACAAUGAUAAACAAUUCUUUAAAAAAUACAGGAUUUACAAUAAAUGAGUCUCUCUCCGACAAAUAGGAUUUUAAAAAAGUAACAAUUUUAUACCAGUUGAUUAACCAGUGAUUAAAAAUUCUUGAUUAGUCAUUAGAAUAUAACAAUACUGUACGAUGUUUUUAUGUAUGACUUAAUGUAGGAUGUACACUACCAGUCAAAAGUUUGGACACACCUUCUCAUUCAAUAAUUAUUUUCUACAUUGUAUAGAUCAAUACUGAAGACAUUAAAAUCAUUAUGUUGUGAACAUAAAGUGUUAAUCCUUCAGUAUUAAUGUACAAUGUCAAAAAUAAUACAAACAAAUAAAAAGAAUUGAAUCAUUUGGAAAUCCUUUUAAAGCACUGAUUCCAUUUCAGAGUGAUGGGGAGAACUGCAAACUGCUGCACUGUUGCUUCUCUGGCUGCGCUGAUCAUCCUUGUCUUGUUUCCUGUGAGGUCAAUGUGUAAAGAAGAGACCUACAACCCACUGAGACAGGAGAAGUCAGACGGAUGUCUUAGUGAAGAUGCAGCGUCGAAGAGAUUUGAUGACAUCGAUUACGACAGCUUCGUGAGUCUAAUGGGACGAAGAAGUGCAGCGCAACCAAACAGCCAAAAAAACAUGCCAGUGUCGAGAAAAAGACACAGUGAUGAGGUUCUGGCUGAUCUGCUGGGUCAGAGGACAAGAAAGGCAUGUUGGUGUGCAUAAUUAAAAACAAGGGAGGCAGCUACAUGGAUAAUGGGAGGCAGAGGUAAGAAAUUCUCACCUGCUUCCUCGCUAAAAAUAAACAAAGAAAGAAAACUAUAUUUGCAACUAAAUCUUUUGACCAAACCUUGCUUGUCUCUACUCAGGAUCCAACGCUUUGUGUACAGGACAUGUUACACAUCCUCCUAUUAGCAACGCAGACUUUAAACCUCCAGUCGACAACCUUCACGACUCCUGUAUACAGAGGACAACGUAUGAGAUGUUAUUUAACC